GAGCCCCCGACCAGCCUCACAUGGCGGCAGCUGACGGAAAAAACCCGCACCCUCUGCAAAAAGCGGUCGACGACAAACUACGUCACUGCCCGUCCGGCUCAGACGGGACUAGCGCGUCGUGAAUGCUACCGCUUCCGCCUCGCAACAACGUCUUGUUGGAAAAACGUCGUCUGCAUCGUCGACUCAUGUCCGCCCAGCCUGCUCGCCUUGGCCCACACUCCAAAAAGCUUCUGUGCUGCAAUGGCCCCGCCUACUUGUUUCUCCAUCCUCACCCACCACACGUGCGUCAACUUACGAGUGCCUUCAACCCAUGGCUGAUUCACGCGCUGCCUCGCGAGCACCUCAUACGUGCCCGCUUCAAACGCAAAGCAGUAGCCUUUGCGUAUUCGUCGCUCACCCGGAGCAACGACACGACAAAACCCGAUGAUGUAGGAAUACUCGAUCGGCGCGUUGCUGGCCCAGCCACAUGCACGGAAAGAUGCCCAGGGUCCUUGGCUGCUAUUUGCCCGAGUGCCUUGGUCUUCUGCUCUCAGCUCUUGUCAGCCACCUUCUCCACGUUUCUUCCAUGGCCAGCAACGUCAGCCUACCGCCGCCUCCUGGCUUGAACCCAGUGCCCGCAACAAAGCCACCGCCGGCCUGGCCCGAACAGUUGCCUUGCUGGCUGCAACGGAAGCUGCCGGACCAAAACGAGCAGUAUCCACCAAAACGCCCCUCGAUCUGCUUACCCACCGUCUCAUCCUUGAUAGGCCAAGUGAGGCUUGGUCCAGCUAGCACGUGGGAAUCAAGCCUAGCGCCAUGGUUACGAGGAUGAGCAAAGAUAUGAUGGUGAGAUGUGAAAUUCUGCCAUGUCAUGUCUGCUGUGGUAUUGUCCUGAGGACUGGAAUCAGUGAGAAUGAUCUUUCAGGCACGCAUGCCCCAGAACACACCAUCUUGUACUCAAACCAACAUUUCCAACGUCUUCAUAACACC